CUCUCUCUGGUUCAAAAAAAUCCGCCAUCUUCCACCACAACAAAAGCUCUCAAAUUCCUUUCUCCCAAAAUCAAAACAUCCUAUCUCUUUCGAAAAAAGAUAAAAAAAAAAAAAAGAAAAGAAAAGAAAAGAGGAACGAAACGUAUCUUCGAAAAGCUUCUUAUAAAUGCAGUAACAUACGAGUAUCGUAUGCAUAUAUGCAUUUCUUCAUUUCAACUGAAAGUAGCUGUUAUCCAUUUCCAAGCUUCUAGGGUUUUUUCCUCUCUCUUCUCUCUCCUACAGGAACAAUGGCAGAUCUGACUGGAUCCGGCGUCUGUUCUGAGGAUUCCGAGCUCCUCUUGCCGGAAUCCGGAUGCGCUGAGCGAUCCUGGCGGUUGAAUUUCGAUGGGUUUCAGCGAUCGGAGUUGAAAGAGAAGCCGCCUCGCGGACUCCAUGACUGUCUUGGAGUAUUAGCAACGGAAGAUGUUGUGGCCGAGUAUUAUCAGCAGCAGGUGGAAAUGUUAGAGGGAUUCAAUGAAAUGGAUGCCUUAGCAGAUCGUGGUUUUCUUCCUGGAAUGUCAAAGGAAGAGCGUGAACGGACUGCUAGAAGUGAAACGCUGGCCAUCAGAUUAUCAAAUAUUGCAAAUAUGCUCCUUUUUGCUGCCAAAGUUUAUGCCUCGAUAAGGAGCGGUUCGUUGGCAAUCAUAGCAUCCACGUUAGAUUCGCUUCUCGAUCUCUUAUCAGGUUUUAUCCUAUGGUUUACUGCAUUCUCUAUGCAGACUCCAAACCCCUACCAAUAUCCUAUCGGGAAAAAGCGAAUGCAGCCACUGGGAAUCCUUGUCUUUGCCUCUGUCAUGGCCACGUUGGGUCUGCAGAUAAUUUUAGAGUCCGCCCGCACACUGAUAUCUGAUGAGGAUGAGUUCAGCUUGACAAAGGUGCAGGAGCGAUGGGUGAUCAGCAUAAUGCUGUCGGUUACAAUAGUGAAGCUUGCCUUGGUUGUUUACUGCCGCUCCUUCACCAAUGAGAUUGUCAAAGCCUACGCUCAGGAUCACUUCUUCGAUGUGAUCACCAAUGUCAUCGGUCUCAUUGCAGCCCUUCUUGCCAAUUACAUAACUGGUUGGAUUGACCCAGUUGGAGCUAUUAUUCUGGCAUUGUACACCAUUCGCACCUGGUCAACAACUGUGCUGGAAAAUGUGAACUCACUCAUAGGCCGAACAGCUGCACCAGAGUAUCUACAGAAACUUACAUAUCUCUGUUGGAACCAUCACAAGGCCAUAAGGCACAUUGAUACUGUGCGGGCCUACACAUUUGGGUCACACUACUUCGUUGAGGUCGACAUUGUCUUGCCAUCAGACAUGCCAUUGCGGGAAGCACAUGACAUUGGUGAGAACUUGCAGGAGAAACUUGAACAACUGCCGGAGAUUGAGCGUGCUUUCGUCCACCUAGAUUACGAGUACACCCACAGGCCUGAGCAUGCACAGGCCCAUUCAUAAGCUUCGUAGUCGAUGCCGAAUGGCAGCUGUUGUGGUCCACCUGAUGAUUAUAUAGGCCCGGUUUUUGCAUACGGCACCUUCACAGCCGUUGCCACCUCAAGAGCUGCUCUUAUCUCUCACACGUGUGCAUCGUUACCACGUGUCAGGCGAGUGCAAGGAACGGUAGAAGACGUAAAACACGACUGCGCGAAAAGGAAGCAUGUGGAAGGGGAAUUGUAUAGCACCACUUUUGUUGGAAGUUUGCUCCAUUUUGACAGUGAUCCAACCCAUUGAUAUGAUGGGUCCACUGUGGAUGAUGUUGGGUUUUUUCAGAAUAAGAAGAAUAGUAAUUUUAUUUUGAAAAAAGAA